GAAUAUCAUCAUUAUCAUCAAAUGAACCAUCAGAUAUGUUACGUGUUGUUAAUACACUUUUAACAAAUAUUGAUCGUUUAAAAUCAUUUUCAAAUAUUCUUAUAUUAACAACAUCAAAUUUAAUUGAAAUAAUUGAUCAAGCUUUAAUUGAUCGAUCGGAUUUAAUAUUAUUUAUUGGACCACCUUCAAUUAAAACAACAUUUCAUAUUUAUCGAGCUUGUUUUAUUGAAUUAAUUGAAAAAAAUCUUAUUUAUUCUAAAUAUCAUUUAGAAGAAUUAAAAGAUAAAUUAUGGAAUUUAGCAAAAUUAAGUCAUGGACUUAGUGGAAGAACAUUAAGAAAAUUACCAAUGAUUGCUUUUUCAAAUAUUCAACAAUUUGAUCAUUUUAUUCAUCCUGAACAACUUUUUAAAGCUAUGCAUCAACAAUUAAUCUAUCAGAAAAAUACAAAUAAUUAUUUACAACAAUUUAAUAAUUAA